AUGCCCCCAAACAUCCUCACUACUCCAGACAAUAUGCCCCCAAACAUCCUCACUACUCCAGACAAUAUGCCCCCAAACAUCCUCACUACUCCAGACAAUAUGCCCCCAAACAUCCUCACUACUCCAGACAAUAUGCCCCCAAACAUCCUCACUACUCCAGACAAUAUGCCCCAAAACAUCCUCACUACUCCAGACAAUAUGCCCCCAAACAUCCUCACUACUCCAGACAAUAUGCCCCCAAACAUCCUCACUACUCCAGACAAUAUGCCCCAAAACAUCCUCACUACUCCAGACAAUAUGCCCCCAAACAUCCUCACUACUCCAGACAAUAUGCCCCCAAACAUCGUCACUACUCCAGACAAUAUGAUCCCAAACAUCCUCGCUACUCCAGACAAUAUGACCCGAAACAUCCUCACUACUCCAGACAAUGUGAUCCCAAACAUCCUCACUACUCCAGACAAUAUGACCCCCAACAUCCUCAAUACUCCAGACAAUAUGACCCCCAACAUCCUCACUACUCCAGACAACAUGACCCCCAACAUCCUCACUACUCCAGACAAUAUGACCCCAAACAUCCUCACUACUCCAGACAAUAUGCCCCCAAACAUUCUCACUACUCCAGACAAUAUGACCCCAAACAUCCUCACUACUCCAGACAAUAUGCCCCCAAACAUCCUCACUACUCCAGUCAUAUACAUCCUCACUACUCCAGACAAUAUGCCCCCAAACAUCCUCACUACUCCAGACAAUAUGACCCCAAACAUCCUCACUACUCCAGACAAUAUGACCCCAAACAUCCUCACUACUACAGACAAUAUGAUCCCAAACAUCCUCACAGACAAUGUUGUAUCCAUGUACAAAUAUGGAAUGAUCGGCGAACAUACUGUAAAAAGUCAGCGGCCCAGAUCAGUCUUUGACACAAAGGCCCUGCAGGAGCAAGCUGAAUCUGCUAAAUUUAUGGCACAAACUGGUGAAUCUGGUGCAGAGGAGUGGUCCCAGUGGAGCUCAUGCUCAGUUUCAUGCGGCCAAGGGUCGCAGGUGCGAACAAGAACAUGUGGUUCACCAUACGGAACACACUGCAGCGGCCCUUUAAGAGAGUCAAGGGUUUGCAAUAACACUGUCCCCUGUCCAGUGCAUGGCGUCUGGGAGGAGUGGUCACCAUGGAGCCUGUGUUCGUUUACGUGUGGGCGUGGCCACCGCACUAGGAACAGGAUGUGUGCCCCGCCCCAACAUGGAGGGAGAGCCUGUGACGGGCCUGAGACCCAGAGCAAACUCUGCAACAUCGCCCUCUGUCCAGUGGACGGCCAGUGGCAGGAGUGGAGCCUGUGGAGUGACUGUUCAGUGACCUGUGCCAACGGGACCCAGCAGAGGACCAGACAAUGCUCAGCCGCCGCCCACGGUGGGUCGGAGUGUCGUGGCCACUGGGCAGAGAGCAGAGAGUGUUACAAUCCAGACUGCACAGCCAAUGGCCAGUGGAAUCCCUGGGGGCCUUGGAGUGGCUGCUCCAAGUCAUGUGAUGGGGGUUGGCAGAGGCGGGCGCGGGUGUGCCAGGGGGCAGCGGUCACCGGGCAACAGUGCGAGGGCACAGGGGAUGAAGUCCGCAAGUGCAGUGACCAGCGUUGCCCAGCGCCCUAUGAGAUCUGUCUGGAGGACUACACUGUAGCCAUGGUGUGGAGAAGAACACCUUCAGGAGAACUGGCCUUCAACAGGUGUCCUCCCAAUGCCACGGGCACCACUAGUCGACGCUGCUCUCUGGAUCACCGGGGUGUGGCCUAUUGGGAACCACCCAGCUAUGCCCGCUGCAUAACCAAUGAAUAUAGAUACCUGCAGCAAUCAGGCCAUCUAGCUAAGGGCCAGGGGAAGUUGGCGGGGGACGGGAUGUCUCAGGUGACCAAGACCCUGCUGGAUCUCACCCAGAGAAGGAACUUCUACGCUGGAGACCUGCUGUCCUCUGUGGAGAUACUCAGAAACGUGACUGAUACCUUCAAGAGGGCCAGUUACGAACCUAGCUCAGACGACGUGCAGAACUUCUUUCAAAUCAUCAGCAAUCUCCUAGAGGAAGACAACAGGGAAAAGUGGGAAGACGCACAACAGAUCUAUCCAGGUGCAGUGGAGCUGAUGCAGGUCAUCGAGGAAUUCAUCCACAUCGUUGGCCUGGGCAUGAAGGACUUCCACAACGCCUAUCUGAUGACUGGGAACUUGGUGGCCAGCAUCCAGAGGCUCCCGGCACUGUCUGUGAUGACUGACAUCAACUUCCCUAUGAAGGGCCGUAAAGGCAUGGUGGACUGGGCCAGGAACUCUGAGGACAAGGUGGUUAUCCCCAAGGGCAUCUUUCUACCACAGUCUGCAG